AUGUUCCCUCCCGUUGAGCAAAAGAUUCUGCAGAGCAAUCCGGAGUUCGCAAAGCUCUAUCGCGUCAUCACCACUGCCAUCUUGAACCCGGAUGGCUCUACCAAGGACGACGACGAGGCCAAAGAUCGGGCUGCGGUGCAAAAGAGUCUAGACAAGCAUCGCCAGAAAGCUGCAAAACACUACCUCCUAGAACGCGCCAUCGCAACCGCCACGCCUCCCGAGCCGAAGCCCGCAUCAUCAUCAGCAGCCUCCACCAGACUCUCCCGAGCCAGCGAGCGCCUCCAACAGAAACAAUCCCAGUCCUCCGCCGAAGCCACGCCCGAGGCGCUCCUCGAGCUGAUCCUCAUCCUGCCCUCAUUCCUCGAUACCGUCGAUACGCUGCCUCACGAGUCAAUCGCCUUGUUGCUUUCGAGCCCGCCGCUGUCUGGCUUUGAAGCUCUGCUGCCCGACCUGGCCGACUUGAUAUCUUCCAACCUACACGCCUCUGCCUUGGGCCUCGCCCGCCUUGCCCAUCCCGCCACGAACCCUACUUACCUCCACCGCUAUGUCGCCUCUCUGCCAAAAGACUUUGCGAAUCUCAACACCGGUCUAGCUGCUGCCGAGGAAACCCUCAAGACCGCCCGGAUACGCACCAUCACGUCUCUCACCAACCUCCUCCAGCUCUUUUCAGAAUGCCUCACGUGCCUCGUGCGCACGCUAGAGGCCAAACAUGGCGUUAUUGCUCGUAGCCUGGAGCUUCGCGCCUCGGAUAUAUCCCUGGAUGCGCAGCGCGCGGAGAAGCAGGCUGAGCAAACAAUGUUGAAGCUCAGAAAGGAGGUGUACACCCCUGAAAGCAUAUCCGCUCUGCAGCACUACGUCACGCACCUUAAAGACGCCAACACACGGGUCGCUGAAAAGGUGCAGGAUCUGCAAGCUGACCUAGAAGCUUAUGAUGAUGAUGAUGAUGAUGAUGAUGAUGAUGAAGAAGAAGACUCUCAAGAUGAAAUGGGCGAGAGUCAAGAAGAAGAAGGAGGAUCAUCAGAAGAUGGGCACGGAGAUUACAAAGAUGAAAGACAGCACGUGGAGGAUACGAAACGAGACAUGGACCGAUUACGACUGUCAUGA